UCAGGCUGCGGUCCAUAGCUGCGGUUCUUUGCUGUGGGAGAUCAUACACGGAAAAACAAAUACACGAGGAAGCUAGGUUACCACUUGUCAGUUUAUUUAUUUAUUGUUACAUAUCGUUUGCAAAUUGCAUUGGACGCUUCUUAAUAUGUUUAUAUUUUAUUUUAUAUGACCACGGGUUCAAUUAUUAAAUAGCUAAUUAAGCUGUCGUUAUUAUUAUUAUUAGUAUUAUACCAAAUAAUACCCGUAACCGCAAAUAUAUUCAAUGCAAACGAGGAUUUUUAACCCAAAGUGAGCGGCAUAUUUGAUAAGAACGGCAAACUAUAUCAUAUUUUGCAUUGCUUGUAAAUUUUAGUCUGGUUUUUCGCUAAUUAGCUGUUUUUUUCCCUCAGAGAAACGUGAGACGUUACGUAAUACGUCACUGUGGAAAUUUGCUUCAGCGGCGUCUGUUGGGCGUCUGAAAACACUCGUAUGUUUUGGUUAAAGCUGGGGUACGACGACAACAUACAAUCUUCACAGCUGACCCUUGUGUUACAUGUUUCAAUACAGCGUCGGACUGACGACCAAAAGAGAUAGGACUUGAAGCGUUGUUACCCAGAGGAGAGACUAACAGUCUGGCACAGGUGGAGAGAAGCAAACCCUAACCAUGGCUGCAGUGCAUCACCCAGACCACCCAUUCAGGGACCUACUUAACUGGGAUGAAACUGAGUGCCUGCACUACUACGGGAUGCUGUCUCUCCAUGAGGUCUUUGAAGUAGUUGGCUCUCAGCUGACAGAUACUGACAUCGACGUGCUGUCAUUCCUUCUGAAUGAAACCUGUUCUGCGCCACACCUUCUUGAUCCAGCGGGCUGGACGGUUGAGCCCUGCGAGGACGAUCUAGAUGAUUCAGGUGUGUCCCCAAGUCCGGAGCUGCUAAAGGCAUGGAGACGGUUAAAGCCUGAGGGAUCCAAGCGACCCUUAAUGGACUCCAAGCCUAAGAGUGGCCUUGAGUUGUUGCUACAGCUUGAAAGACAAGGGUACCUUAGUGACGGCAACCUGGAGCCACUACUGCAACUACUUAGAGUUCUCACCCGUCAUGAUCUGCUGCCUUUAGUGUCCCACAAGAAGAGAAGGACAGUGUCUCCAGAGAGAAUGGGACAAAGAUAUUCAGGAGAGAGAAGAAAGCUGUUGUGUGCCUCUGGAUUGCGACACAGCUGCAGACAGACGGAAGCACCUCUUUCAUCUUUCACACAGCAACUAAGAACUGGUGCUUACCCUCCAGUGGCUGGGCCAUCUGUUCGGAGGCGACAGAAGAAGAGAGGAAAUGGCUGGACCCGCAGGCCCAAGAAAACAAGUAGACAGAGCCAGUCAGUGCAUCCAACACCAGCACUGCAGAAAGUGUCCUGUGACAUCCGCCUACGUGUUCGGGCUGAAUACCUGGAGCAUGAGUCCGCACUCCGUGAUGGUGUCUCCUCAGACAAGCGGCAGCCACUGGAGCGGCAGUUUGAGUUGUUUAGUCAAGCCAACUCACUGCUCCGUGCAAGAGACUUGGGUUCUAUUGUCUGCGACAUCAAGUUUACAGAACUGGACAACCUCGAGGCCUUCUGGGGCGACUACCUGAGCGGAGCUCUGCUGGAGGCUCUGAAGGGAGUCUUCAUCACUGACUCUCUGCGGAUGGCAGCAGGCUCAGAGGGUGUCCGCUUAAUGAUCAGCGUGGACCAAGAUGACUAUGAGGAGGGCCGAAGGCUGCUGAAAGCUAGACAAAUGCCGUCAUCCCAUAAUGGUGCAACUGUUUAAGACACCAGGAUGAAACAGGACACAUGAAGAUUGUUCCUCUUAGUCUCAGUGAGAACAGAAGCAAGCCAGCUUGUGACAUGAGAUCAAGUGGUAAGCCUCUAAUGACACUAUUAGACUUUAAAUGAAUCACGUUAAGGCAACUGGGCUGCCACUGGAGAUAGAAAAUGUUACAUACUGAUGUCACCCACCCUCAACAGAGACACUGAUGCAGCCUUCACAAGCCAGUCAUUAAAUUCCUUAUUAAAUGUUUUUUGGGCAUUUUCCUGAAAUUUUGAAUGAACAGUUGCUGUUCUGAUUUAGACAUGACUUUUGAAGGACAUGAACCACUAUAUAAUCACUAAAUGGUGCUUCACUUGUGGGCACUAAUGGCCAAUCAGUUUGGAUUAAAAUCCCAGGACGUAAAAAAAAAGUUAAGUUAAAUAUGAAAACCAGCCAGAAUGUUCUCAACUACAGAAUGACCUUUGCGCGUAACUUCAGAGAGUGUAGACCGCACAUAUACAGCUUGAUAACACUGGAAUUCCAGCCCUGUGUACCACGAUAACCCAACUUGUGAUUGCCGUGGUCAGUGGAUAUGGCGGUUGCCAGUAGAUGACAGCAGUGAUUAGGGUUAGGUCUCAACAGACCAUGGAAGAUUCAUCAUCACAAGCUUGUCAACAGAAACCCGGAUAAUGCAAUGGUGGCUUGUGCCUGGACUUCCAGCUAGGCCUCAGCAAGUGCUUCUCUCAGCAAGUAAAGCACAGGACAGUGCGUCGGUCAAUAGAAGUGAUGUUGGGGAGAUCAAAAUCAAAGGUGCACAUCCCGGCUCCACUCAGCCCUGCUAUGUAGGCCCAGUAGAGUGGCUCACGGACAGCUGUCUACUCGCCCUGCUGGAACUAAUGCCUGGACUUCACUCAUAGAAGACGAUCAAUAAGGCCCCUCACUCUAAGUCCCUUCAUACAGGCAAGACUUAGGCAGGCAGACACUGUCUGAAGUGCAGGUCUCUGCAGGGCUGGGCAGAGAGUAACAAUCGACAGAUUUCCAUGUUUACUUUUGUGUGUUUUGGUCAAGGAAUUAAUAUAUAUUUGUCUUGUUCACUUUAAUGUAACUGAUUCAGAGGAACUUUUUGUUAAAUGAAAAUUUGCUUUUGAUAAAACAUUUUUUGUGGAAAUCUUUAUACAUUAGAAAUUAUUUCUGCUGAAUAAUAAAGAUUAAUACAAGUUUGGAUGGCCUAAA